AUGGCAUUUUACAACACCUUUUGUACGCUUCUUGCGGUAGCUUCGCUUGGCGGGGCAGUGAUAUUCAAGCCUCAAAAUGGAUACCAAGCUCUGUCAGGUGUGAAUACCUCCUUUCCGGUGGAUUUGCAGCCAUUUUACAACAACCGUGCUUUUGGGUUAUACCCCAAUGACGCUAGCUUUGACGGCCAGGGAAAUGCCUAUCCGGCGAGCCAAAUUCCACCGGAGAAAUUCUCCAUUGGAGGAUUCAACUAUCGAUUUGCUACUUACAAUGCCACUGGGAAUGACAAUGUCCGGACGGAGGGCCAAGAGAUCCACGUUCCGCGGGGCAGGUACUUCAGCUAUCAAAUGCUAGCAGCCGCAGAGUCUGGAAUGGCCAGUGGUUCCGUAAUGGCCAAAUAUGCCGAUGGCAGCACGACCUCGGGACCGCUCCUGGUGCCUGCCUGGUGGAGCUGGCCAUAUCCCGCUGGCGGCGACCUGAUCUUCACGAAUUAUCUGACUGACAGUACGACCAACUACAACCGCUCAAAUAUCUUUCAGACCAUCAACUGGCUGGACUCUUCGAAGGACCUCGUGUCUUUGACUUUGCCCAAGUCCACGGCAGGGUCGUCCACGGGGCCUGGUGGAGCGUCUAUCAGCACUGCGCUGCAUGUUUUUUCUCUGUCAAUGUUGCCAGUUCCAAAAAAGGAGCAGCAGUCUGUUAGCUUACAGAUACAGUAUGCUCGGUCCACUCAGAAAUGGAUGGAUGGGACAGACAAGACUCAGAUCGUUGAAGUCCUUGUCAACAAUAUCGGCACCUCCUUCGUCCUGCGCAACAAUACGGUUCGGGUCCAUGUUCAGUCACCGCAUUUGGAAACUGUGACAGAGGGUGUCAUCAAGAGACUGGGUCCUGGAGACCAGGCCAUCGUGGAGGUUGGUGUUCGAAACCGACCCGGAGUCCAAGCCGGCAGCGCUGGUCCAGCUACCGUUGUCAUUGGAGGCCAAGGGGUUGCGUCUAGUCCGUAUACUUUCGAAGCGACAUAUGGCAUCAAGCCUUAUGAGGCAACGUAUGAGUCUGUGUACAGCCACGAAGCACCAAACUGGUACAACAAUGCCAAGUUCGGCAUUUUCAUUCACUGGGGAGUGUACUCCGUGCCUGGAUGGGGCAACAAGGGAUCAAGGGAGGCCUAUGCCGAAUGGUACUGGUGGAAUCUCAACCAAGGACCCAGCAAUCCAACCCAAACUUAUCAGUACCAGCUUGAGACCUAUGGACCGAAUGUUGUUUACGACGACUUCAUCCGGAACUUCACUGCCGACGCAUGGGAUCCUAAGGAGUGGGUGGACUUGUUCGCCGAUGCUGGAGCCAACUAUUUUGUUCAAGUCAGUAAGCAUCAUGAUGGAUUUGCACUUUUCACUGCGGGCUCCGAGGUAUCGAAGAGAACAGCGGUGGAUCUAGGUCCGCAGCGAAAUCUACUCCAGGAACUUUUCGACGCGGCAAAGGAGCACCAGCCACAUCUACAUCGUGCGACAUAUUAUUCUCUGCCUGAGUGGUUCAACCCAGACUAUAAGAAAUAUGGAUUCGCCUCGUGGCCCGGAGGUAAUGCCACGAAUCCUUUUACCAAGGAGACCCUUCCGUACGCUGGUUAUGUCCCCUUAGCCGAUUAUAUCGCGGACAAAAUCGUUCCGGAGAUGAACACACUGGCCGACAUGGGCACGGAGAUUAUGUGGUGCGACAUUGGAGGCCCAAACCGGACAACGGAAUUCGCCGCAGCGUGGUUUAAUCGUGCAGCGCAGGAGAAUCGGCAGGUCGUCAUGAACGCUCGCUGUGGACUUCCCGGCGACUUUGAUACGCCCGAGUAUGCGAGAUACAAUGGUGUGCAAGUGCGUAAAUGGGAGAGCAACCUGGGAAUGGACCCGUUCAGCUAUGGCUACAAUCGAGACACGCCGCUGGCCAGCUAUAUGAACGCAAGCACCAUAGUCACGUCCCUGAUUGACAUUGUUAGCAAGAAUGGCAACUUCCUGCUUGAUAUUGGGCCCAUGGCGAAUGGGACUAUUCUCGAGGUCGAGCAGAAGCACUUGCGCCAGGCGGGAACGUGGAUAAAAAGCCAUGGAGAGGCAAUCUACAAUACCACUUACUGGUUUGUCACUCCCGAGAAAGGAGAUAAUAUCCGCUUUACUAUCACCCAAGAUGCAUUUUACAUCCACACGCUGGCUAGGCCUAAUGGCACGCUGGUGCUGACCAGCCCGAUCCCGUGGGUGGAGGGUGAUCAAGUCACAGUCGUCGGUGGAAAGAAGCACGGUGAUGUGGUGCCUAGCCACAAGGCUGCAAAUGGCAGUGUAAUUUUGUCAGUGAGCGAGGAGGUAGUCAACGCGGAUAACUAUGCCUGGGUAUUCAAGAUCACAUACUGA